AACGAGAGAGUAUCUAGUAGUGUUGCAAUAACAAGUCAUUGCUUAGACUCUAUUCCAUAAAUUCUCUCGUGCGUGUUUCUUCUUCGCAUUUUCACCGAAAAUACAAUUCCGGUUAGAUACAAUGGUGGAGGAAGCUCCGCCUUCUUCACUGAUUACUCUCUGUAUCGAUCAUCUCGCUAACCAACUCCUCUUCGGGGAAGAUGAAGUUAUUGCUAUUAUUCCAGUUAUAUAUGAACUUCCAUCACAUUUGCUAGAUGAUUUGAUUUCGCGUUUAACUCCUCAUGCAUUGUAUCAUUUCCACCUUCACAUGCCAUUUCAGGAUGUAAAUGAGGAAGAUUUUUCGCGUGAUGACUCAACGAACAACAAGAGAAAACGUUCCAGGGAUUGGAAUCUAAAUACAGCCUGGCAGAAGUUGUUUGAGUUGCGGUGGCCUGAUCUCAUUAAUCAGAUUCAACCAUCCGACUGGCAGAAAGCAUAUUGGGAAGCCCAUUUGCAAAACUGUCUGGAUGAAGCAGCAGAGAUAGCACUAAUCUCACCUUUUAAAGGACGUCUUGCGGACAUAAAUAUUUCUGAGAGCAUACUGCGCCAUAUUGGUUUUGUGAGACUUGCAGAGCAUGAAUAUGAUAAAUAUUCAAAACUCUCUUAUCAUUGCCUACAAUUUGGAAGCCAUGUGAGUUGUCUGAGACUGCAGAAUAUUCUGUGCUCUGCAGAAACUACUCGUUUAUUGAGAGAAUGCAAGCUGCAGAGUAUGGUGGUAAGAUGUAUCCGAUCUGUGGAACAAGUUAAUGGAUUAUGCAGACUGAUCAAUCAACAUAGCAGGACAUUAACGUCCCUGGAGUUUAUUCACUGCACACUCUACGAAAAUUUUCUUAAUACACUACUUGAUUCUGUUGUCAGAAAGAGCGUACAUAAAUAUGCGCUCCAAAAACACGGGCUCCAACACCUCUCAAUCGUCUCCUCAAGUUUCGGACCAUGCACUGGUUCUUUACCUACUGGGCUUCAAUCACUCUUGUCUUCAGCAAGGUCCAUGUGCUCAUUAAAACUAUGUGGCAGUCGCCUUGGACGGAAUUUUGCAAAAGCUCUUUUUGUGACUCUUCUCAGUGUUUCCUCAUGCAUAUCUGUCCUUGACCUUGCUGAGAAUGAAAUAUCGGGAUGCCUUUCUCACUUUAACAGGAGAGUACCAAGUUAUUUACGCGAGUCACAUAUUGGAAUUGGAGAGUCCUUGCAACUCUUGCGUGUACUCAACCUGAGGGGGAACAAUCUACGGAAAGAUGAUGCAGAAAAUCUUGGAUAUGCUUUUGCAUACAUGCCUAACUUGGAGGACCUAGAUAUAAGUGACAAUCCAAUUGAGGAUGAAGGACUCAGGUAUUUGAUCCCAUAUUUUGCUGGAACAUCUGAAAUGUGCUCCCGCCUGGCUUGUUUGAAAUUAGAGGCUUGUGACCUGUCCUGUGAUGUAGUUAACCAUCUACUAGAUUCCCUUCCCGUCCUCAACGGAACAUUGAAGUCUCUUUCCAUUGCUGAAAAUUGCCUUGGAAGCAAAGUAGCAGGAGCUUUAGGAAGGUUUUUGAGCACACCUAUCGAAGUACUUGAUGCAUCAGGCAUUGAUUUGCUUCCAUCUGGUUUUCUAGAGCUUCAAAAUAUGCUGACGAUAGAGGAGGAGCUUAGUUUGGUGAUAAUUAAUAUAAGCAAAAACCGUGGUGGGAUCCAAACUGCCAGGUUUUUGUCAAAACUCUUGCCACAGGCUCCACGACUUGUUGACGUGAAUGCAUCAAGUAAUUGUAUGCCUAUUGAAUCACUGUCCAUCAUCUCCUCUGCAUUAAAGUUUGCAAAAGCUGCAGGUAAUGUUCUGAAUUUGGACUUGACGGGACAUGACUGGGACUAUACGCCAGAGCUUACUUCCCUUUGCACUGAAUUUGUACAUAAUGGAAAGCCUAUAUUGAUGCUUCCAGUAUCAUCGGCCACUGCUGCUCCUAUUGAUCAUGAUCCUUAGAAAACAAUUUUCUUUGAUUUCAACUAGUGUUCAUGCUCAAACUGGUUUAAAUUAAAUAAAUUAAAACUGUAGGCAGAUAAAAAAAAACUUAAAAAACCGCACAAAACCACAUUAUUAGAUGUUAUUGGAUUUUUUUGUUGUUGUGAAAACUGCUCGGAUUUCAGAUUUCCCAACUUUUUCAAAAUCAAACCAAACCAAAUAAAAAAA